AUGCCUGCACCUUCCGGGCAGCAUUUUCAGGACUGCUCAACGCAGCCCCUUACAUACUUGCCCUUGUACCACGACCUGUCAGCGCCAGAAUCUUUUUACUCAUCUAAUCCAGCGCGGCAGAUCAUGACGCCCACACCACCGUCGACCACCUCUUCCGGCGGCCGUUCCCCCCAGGAGCAGUUUCGUGUUGUCCGAAAGCGAAACAGAGUACCGCUCAGUUGUUAUCCUUGCCGGUCAAGAAAAAAGUGUGACAGAAAUCACCCGUGCGGAAACUGCACUAAACGAGGAGGGACAGAUGCCCCUUCGUGUUUCUAUGCCACGCCGCCGGCCCGGAAAAAAAGUCAAUGCCAACCAGGUGCCUCUCCCGACGACAUGCAGAACCGUAUUGACAGGCUGGAAGGCUUGGUUUUGUCACUCGUGCAUGGCGGUGCUAAUAUUGAUCUACCUCCGGCCGCUACUGCUACAAAUGCUGCGGCUUCUGCUGGUGGGCAUGCUAAAGGACAAGGUGCUAGCUCGACGACGACUAGCAGCUCUUCGGCCUUCCUACACCUCGACGACGAUGAUGGCGCUAUGCAAGAUGGCGAGGGAGAAAGUGACAUCGACGAUGGACUGGCAACCUCCCUCGGCGUUCUGAAGGUGGAUCCCGAUAGGGGAAAGUCCAUGUAUGUCGGACAAGGCCACUGGCACACCGUUUUGGCGGACAUCGCCGAGGUCAAGAACUACUUUGCACUUCACAAGAAGGACCUGGAGAAGAGCUAUGAGAAAGUGAUGCUCAGCAAGCCGCCUACAGCUUGUGAAGGCCUCACGUUUCUUUUCGAGUCAACACCUGCUGCCGAAAUCGAGCUGAGGGCCGAGUUGCCUUCCAAGUCAACAGUCCUGACCCUUUGUGGAAGGUACUUCAACUCAAUGGAUAAUGCUGUUAAUAUCAUUCAUCCACCCACCUUCCACCAGCAGCUUCGCAAUCACUGGCUGGACCCGUCUCGGACACCAAUCAUGUGGUUAGGCCUGCUUUAUUCGGUCAUGUGCCUGGCCAUGUUGAGUUAUCACAAGGUUGGUGACGAGCCGCCCGAAUGGAAGGGCCGCACACUGGAAAAGGCAGCCGAGUACCGACUCCGAACCGUUCAGUGUCUCCGGGUAGGCGAUUAUACGAAGCCGACCGAGUAUACCGUGGAGACUAUGAUUCUCUACCUCUUUGCCGAACAUUCAUCCCGGUGGGAUGCCGAUGUCGGCCUGUGGUUGAUAAUGUCUCAGGUCACGAGGGUUGCCUUCCGUAUGGGCUAUCACAGAGAUGCGAAGUGGUUUCCUUCUCUCACUCCUUUCCAAGCUGAAAUGAGAAGAAGAACGUGGGCUUUGAUCAGGAUGUGCGACGUAUUUUUUUCACACCAGCUCUCUCUACCUACUAUGAUCUACGAACACGACUGCGACACCGACCUUCCGCACAACCUGGCUGAUGAGGAUUUCCAUCCAGACACCAAGGUGCUACCCCCACCGAAACCAGAUACAGAGCCUACCAACAUCAGCUAUAUGAUGGCCAAGGUUAAGCUCGCACUGGAGCUGGGCAACAUAUUACAAGCAACAGGUCGUAUCCGAAAUCCGGUCCAUUAUGAUGAAGUUAUUCGCUUUGACGCAAAACUGCGUGAGAUCAAGGCGAAUCUACCUCCGCACCUACGGUUCCAACCCCUCUCGGGCUGUCAUGAUCCGUUAACGCUGAUCAUUGCGCGGUUCAAUAUCGAUAUUCUCUUUCAGAAAAUCAUCUGUCUUCUUCACAGAAGGUACAUGUCGAAGGCGACACAAAACAUCAAAUAUAACAGCUCUCGGCUUAGGGCAAUCUCAUCUUCCCUUGAGUCCUUGGGUCAUCUGGCAACGCUCCACCGUGAAUCACAACCAAGAGGUCGAUUUCGCUCCAUCAAGUGGUUCGUGACUUCUAUCGCAACCAAGGACUUCCUCCUUCCCGCUAUGCUGAUCGUGUUGGAUCUGCACUAUGACAACACGUUACGCCGAACAAAGACGGCACCAGCCAGUCCUCCUUGGACUUCGGAGCAACGUGCCGAGAUGAUCAAGAGCCUUGAAGUCACCCGAGACAUUUGGAAGGGAUUGGCAGAUGAGUCUAUGGACGCCCUCAAGGCGUUCAAUGUCCUAGAGAUUAUGCUGGACAAGAUCAAUGGCACACAGUCCUCUCAACACUCUGGCAGCGCGAUCGAAAUUCCUACAACGGCAAAAGCGACCGAGUUCUCAGACCCAGUACAAGAGAUGCGGUCAGAGCACUCGGCUGCCAUAACGCUGGGUAUGCUCUCAGGAAGUAUAGAUGCAAGCACAACCUCACCAACACAUGCGACACAAGGUCUUGAUGGGCCCAAUCAUCCUUCACUGAACAUGAACGUCAGUGCCGACCCAGCGACUUUUGGCACAGGUCCUUUGAGCAUGGGCCUGACGCCAGAUUACCUGGGCAACACGAUGGCUGGAAUCGGCGACACAUCUCCGUUCUCCUCACUGUUUGGUGACGGCGGACAUCGAGGAUUUCACGUUUUGCUGACGAUGGAUUACAAAUAG